UGAUGAAGUAAUUGACAGAUUAAACAUAAAAAGAGGAAAACAAAGGAAGGGCCGGGGGGGGGGGGGGGGGGGGGUUAGAUGAUUAAGCAUUGCACUUCAGUGAUCAUAGUUAAUACUAAGUGGCCCACAAACACACCAACUAUAUAAGUAAGUCUUAAGAGGAAGAAAUAGUUGUUGAGAGUUCAAUAUGAAAACCCUUUUUACAUAUUAAAAAGAGGUAGAAAUGAAACAGCCUGGAACUGUGAAAAACAAGGGUCAUUGUGGGUUGGAAUAGUUAUUAUUGCUUUCAUCAUGCUUUUAUGUGUCAAAUUUAUGCCAAUGUCUGUUAGUGAUUGAGAGAGAGACAGAGUGACUUAAAGUGAUAAAGAGGAAAGUGUUUACUCAAAACAGAUAAUACUCACAAAUUCUUAUAAAGAGGCACUAAAAGGCACACACUCUCCCUACAACACAAUCCCUACAACACAAUAUAUCAGAAAGCAACCAAUAAUUGUUUUUCUCUCAACUAAAUUUCUUUCUUCUCUCAGUCAGAUUACCUCUAUGGAGCUUCUGACGGCUCUUUACCUAUUUCCUUUUCUGUACGUCGCUUACGUUCUAUGUAAACGAGCUCUUAGAAAGAGGGAUCAGUGCUGCUACAUGCUUCAGUAUGAGUGCUUCAAGCCUCCUGAAGACAGGAUGCUAAGUACUGAAACUUGUGCAAGCAUCGUAUUCCGAAACAAGAGACUCCGUUUAGAAGAGUUCAGGUACCUCUUAAAAACAAUAGUGAGUUCUGGCAUAGGAGAGUCAACUUACAGUCCCAAAAAUGUUCUCGAAGGCAGAGAAGCAAGUCCUACUCUAAAUGAUGCCUUAGAAGAGAUGGACGAAAUCAUCUUUGCCACACUCGAUAAGUUAUUUGAUAAAUCGGGGAUAUCCCCGUCAGAGAUAGAUGUCCUUGUCGUGAAUGUGUCCUUGCUUUCUACAGUACCCUCUCUCACGUCGCGGGUUGUCAACCGUUACAAGAUGCGGCCUGACAUUAAAACAUACAACAUUGUGGGGAUGGGUUGUAGUGCUAGCCUCGUUGCCAUUGAUAUUGUCCAGCAAAUGUUUAAGGUGCAGAAAAAUAUUAACGCUAUUAUUGUUAGCACUGAAUCCAUGGGAACGAACUGGUAUAUGGGAAGGGAUCGAUCUUUCAUGCUCUCCAACUGUCUGUUCCGCACAGGAGGUUGCUCAAUGCUCUUCUCAAACAACAGGCAUCUGAAACAUCGGGCUAUCAUCAAGCUGAAUUACAUAUUGAGAACUCAUCUUGGAUCGGAUGAUGAAGCAUACAAGUGCUGUUAUCAAAAAGAAGACGAUGAGGGAUACCCAGGAUUUUGUCUCACAAGGCACCUGCCAAAGGCAGCUGCUCAAGCCUUUACAGAGAAUCUUAAGGUGUUGGUGCCUAAUAUCUUACCUCUACGAGAACUGAUCCGGUAUCUACUAGUAUCUCGAAGUUGGAAAACGGGCGAACUUGAAAAGGUUGGAAAAGGAUUGAAUUUUAAAGCUGGAAUUCAACAUUUCUGCAUACAUCCAGGUGGAAGAGCAGUUAUUGAUGGUACUGGAAAAGGUUUGCAGCUCAGUGAUUACGAUUUAGAACCUGCACGGAUGGCCCUUCACAGAUGGGGAAAUACGUCAGCUGCAGGGUUCUGGUAUGUUCUAGGUUACAUGGAGGCUAAAAAGAGACUCAAAAAAGGAGAUAAGAUUCUCAUGAUCAGCUUCGGGGCAGGUUUCAAGUGCAACAAUUGCUUAUGGGAGGUAAUGAGAGAUCUCAAGGACAGGAAUGUCUGGGAAGACUGCAUUGACGAUUACCCUGUUAAAAACAUUGUAAACCCUUUUAUGGAGAGGUACAACUGGAUCAAUGACGAAAACCUAAGCUUUGUUAGAUUGCAGUAGAUAGGGUAAUGUAUCAUAUUGGUUUUCCAGUAUGUUGCCAAAAAUCUUGGUUUUGUUUGUGCUUUCUCUUAUUUAAAAAGAUUAGGUUCCCAGCAUAAUUACUGGUUAUAGGACCAUAUUCUGGUUAUAAAUCAUGUUAUUCUGGUUAUAGGUCUAUGUAAUUCUUACACCAUUCUGAUUUAUCUAAAAUCAGUCACCCCAACCCUUUAAAAAAAGAAAUUAAUAAAAGUGUGUUUUCUCUGAUUUUA